UUCCAUCUAUAGAUUGAAACUUAAAUUUAAUUUUCAAAAAUUAAUUACUUCAAUUUUAUUGAAAACCAUUUUGAAAAAUCAUAAUUUAAAGGAGAGACUCCUUCCAAAAUUGAUAAUAAUAUUUGUCGUCUCUCUCUCUCUCCUCUUACUUUUAUUUUUUCAUUUCCUUGUCAAAAAAGGCAAGAAAGAAAAGAGGAAGAAACAAAUAGGAAAGUUUGUUGGUGUUGAAGGUAGUUUUUGUGUACGAAGAAACCGAAAACGUAUUGAAAUUGAAAUCCUCCGUAUUCUCAGGCCUAGGGUUCCUUCCUCAUUUUGUUCUAUUGCUCUCCCUCCCUAAUUUUGAAUUUUACCUCUAUUUUUCCCCCACCAGCUAAAUUCUUUCCUACCAUUUCUUUUUAUAAUUAAUAUUCACUGGAUAAUCAAUCGACCGAUUAAUUGCAUUGCCAGAUUUUAUUGAUUUGCGGUUUAAUCAUGACGAUUCCAGAUUCGGGAUGCAUGAUGGAGAAUGGAUCCAUUGAAUUCCCAAGUAGUUAUGUUCCCACACCGGACGAAGAAAGCCGAAUUAUCAAAGACCUGUUGAAGAAAGCCGAAUCUAAUCUUCGAGAAGGCAAUACAUAUUACAUCCUCUCUUUGAGGUGGUACUCGAGCUGGCAGAAGUACACUGGACAACCUGUUGGUUUUUUCCCUUUUGAUGAACGUCCCGCUGAAGAUGAGUCUUCCACUGUGGCAGAGAGGCCUGGGCCCAUUGAUAACUCUGAUAUUGUGUCAGAUCAAAGUGACGUUGAUGGCCCUCAUCUUCUUAGAACUGUAGAAGAAGGACGAGAUUAUGUGUUAUUGCCCGAAGAAGCUUGGGAAAAGCUUCAUACCUGGUACAAAGGGGGACCUGUUAUAGCAAGAAAAAUGAUAACUGUUGGUGAUAACAAGCAGUUCUCUGUGGAGGUCUUUCCCCUCUGUCUCAAUUUGAUUGAUUCUAGGGACAAGAGUGAACAUGUUGUGAGGUUGAGCAAAAAGGCUUCUUUGCGAGAACUUUAUGAAGUAGUAUGUCGUCUUAAAGGAUUGGAGCCAGAAAAGGCUCGGAUUGUGGACUAUUUCAAUAAACAGAAGCAUAAAGUAUUAGUUGCCUCAGACGGAACUUUAGAAGAUUCUGACCUUCAAAUGGACCAAGAUAUUCUUCUUGAGGUGCAAAAUGAUGGUUUUUGGCCUUCCGGGUUUGGCACAGACUCUACUGGAAAUGGCAUGGCAUUGGUUCCCGUAGAACCUGCAAGGUCGUCAGUGACAAUUGCAGGAGGUCCAACUUUAUCUAAUGGUGAUUCAAGUGGUUUUAGCAGCAACAUUUACCAAGGAAUUUCCUUAAGUUCAUCAUAUGGAGAUAUGGAGGAUGGAUAUGAGAAUACAAGACAUGCAACAAAACAAGAGAGAGGAGGUUUGGCUGGACUACAGAAUUUAGGGAAUACUUGCUUCAUGAAUAGUGCCCUUCAGUGUCUAGUUCAUACGCCAGCCAUUGUUGAUUACUUCUUGGAAGAUUACACCGAUGAGAUUAACCGAGUUAAUCCUUUAGGAAUGCAUGGUGAGCUCGCGAUUGCUUUUGGCGAUUUGUUGAGGAAAUUAUGGUCCUCUGGACGAGCACCUGUUGCCCCUCGUGUGUUUAAGGCAAAACUUGCUCGUUUUGCUCCGCAGUUCAGUGGUUAUAACCAACAUGAUUCACAGGAACUUCUUGCCUUUCUUCUUGAUGGGUUGCAUGAAGAUUUGAAUCGUGUGAAGCAGAAACCAUACUUUGAGACGAAGGAUUAUGAUGGUCGCCCAGAUGAGGAAGUUGCUGAUGAAUUUUGGAGAUACCAUAAGGCUAGAAAUGACUCCAUUAUUGUUGAUGUUUGCCAGGGUCAAUAUAAGUCAACGUUGGUGUGCCCAUCUUGCAGCAAAAUAUCGAUAACGUUCGAUCCUUUCAUGUACUUGUCAUUGCCUCUUCCGUCAACAGCUAUGCGAGUUAUGACUGUAACAGUGUUUUAUGGUGAUGGGAGUGGUCUCCCGAUGCCUUUUACUGUAAAUGUUCUUAAACACGGUUGCUGCAAAGACCUGAUCCAAGCUUUAGGAACUGUGUGCUGCCUAAGAACUGAUGAAUAUCUUCUUCUAGCAGAGGUAUAUGAGCAUAGGAUUUAUCGUUACUUUGAGAACCCUUCAGAGCAGCUGGCUGCAAUAAAAGAUGGUGAACAUAUUGUUGCCUACAGGCUUCCCAAAAGGAGUUCGGACUUGACAAGGCUAGAGAUAACUCACCGAUGCCAAGAGAAAUCUACCUUAUUAGACAAUACAAUGCCUGGCGAGAGAAAGCAUUUCUUGACACCGCUUGUUACUUUCUUGGAAGACCCAGUUUCUCCUUUGGAUAUUGAUCAGGCUGUUAACAGAGUGCUAGCUCCUUUGGUUCGAGAAGGAUUCUCAUCAGCUAAUGGGAAGGACCCAACAAAAUGCAAUAGCACUAAGUUAGGACAAGGAACAAUGUCAACCGGGAAUUCUGAAUCAGAAACAGACCUAGAACUAGAACCUGAACCAGAACUAGAACCUGAACCAGAACCAGAACCUAUGUCAGGAGUAGAGUUAUCAUUUCGACUUUUCUUAACUGAUGACAGAGGGUACAGUUCCCGACCAAUUGUAAAAGAUACUCCGCUGAGAUUUGGCCGUUUUGUAAAAGUAUAUUUGGAUUGGACAGAGAGAGAGUACGAGCUAUAUAAUGUCGACUAUCUCAAGGACCUUCCUGAGGUUCAUAAAACAGGACUCACUGUGAAGAAACCCAAACAGGAAACCAUUUCCUUAUUUUCGUGCCUUGAUGCCUUCCUAAAAGAAGAACCAUUGGGGCCUGAUGAUAUGUGGUAUUGUCCUCGUUGCAAGGAACAUAGACAAGCCACCAAGAAGUUGGAUUUGUGGAGGUUACCUGAUGUAUUAGUCUUCCAUUUGAAACGAUUCUCGUAUAGCCGAUGGCUGAAGAACAAAAUCGACACUUUUGUGAACUUUCCAGUUCGCAAUCUUGAUUUGAGCAAUUAUGUAAAAUGCAAGGACACCAACGAAGGAUCUCACGUCUACGAGUUGUAUGCCAUUAGUAACCAUUACGGUGGGCUAGGUGGGGGCCACUAUUCUGCCUACUGCAAGUUAAUUGAUGAUGACAGAUGGUACCAUUUUGACGACUCUCAUGUUUCACCGGUCAGCGAAGAUGACAUCAGGACAUCAGCAGCUUAUGUCUUGUUUUACCGGAGAGUAAGAAAUAAUCAAACUAAUGGAACGAUCGGGGAAUCAUCACAACAUGGUGGCUACAGAUCAUCUUGAUUGCAUUUAUGUGCUUGUUGUAAACCAAGCAUUGCCCCUAUGGUAUUGGUGGUCUUUCUACAUUGCCGUAAUUUGAUGAAAAAUAUUGCAGCAGCCAGGUCAAAUUCAAAGUUUAGACUUGAUAAUUGAUGAACCUGGUUAAAAAAUGGGGGAAAUGAAGAAGUAUUAGUAGCUGGAGAAUGGCAGAGGCGAACAUUUGUUAUUUUUGUGGGGGGAAGAAGAAACCGUAGUUCUUUUUUUAUUUUUUUGGGAGGGAAAUUUUGGGUGUAAAAUGAGAUGGUGUUAGGUAGUAGUACCAGUGCAGGCAUUUCUUGUUUCUUUCCCCUUAUCUUUGGGUAAAAGAAAAGAUGUCUAUUCUUUUUGUGCGCUGCUUUCGAAGUCUAACAAUCAUCAUUACUACUACAGUUGAAAAGAUUUGAGUUGUGAGAAAAAUCACCAAAAGUCGUGGACCUUUUAAAUCUUUGGACAUUUGGUGAAUGAACCGAAAUGGAGAUGUAUGCGUUUCUAACUGUAAUUAUUUUAGUUCUUUGUUCCGUAAUUACUAACUUCUUUGUUCCGGAUCUAUUAUCUACAACUACACAUAAAGGAGUAGUGGAGUACA